AUGGCGACCGCUGCGCAGCCGCAGCGGCUCAGCGAUGCCAUUCUUGGCUUCGCCCUCGACAGCAAGUUCCCCGACAACAUUGCUGAGCUGCCCCCCGUCUCCGACACCGACCUGCAGCCAGCUAUCGACUCCCUUGCCCGAACUACGACGGAGCUCGAGACAGAAAUCCACAUCAUCAACGAAGAGACCAAAGACGAUGUUAGCUCGUGGGUCAGGAACGCCAAAACCCUACAAGAGGACAUCAUCCGCUCCAAGGCCAUUGCCAACGACAUUAUCCGCCAAUCCGAAGCCCCCGAUGUCUCUGGCGAAGUAAUAGCACAUGCGGAAUCCAAGGCCGAGUUCCUCAAUCGUGAGGUACAAUACACCCAGCAGCUGUCGGGCGUUCUGCACAAGGUUUGCCGCGUCAAUCAGCUGCUGAGCGAUGUCGAGAUUGCGAGAAACGAGCGCCGCAUCCUCAACUCUUUGCACCUCCUAGAACAAUCAUGGGCCGCGUUGGACGAUGUCGGUGUGAGCAAAGCGUGUCGCAUCCUGCGUCUUCUUGAUGUGCGCGCCUUCGAGCUCAAAUCCGACGUCCACGAGGUCUUUGAUCAGGUAUGGAAAGCACUCGUCCGAGUCGACGUGGGUGCUGGGACGGUUGCUAUCUAUGACAAGCUUGAAGGCGAUCCCAUAACACUCUCCGAAGCUGUCAUCGGCCUGAAAGCAUACAAGGAGGUGGACGAGCGAAUGGAACAACUCUGGCGCAAUAUAGAUGCCGCCUUGAUAACGCCACGCAUGAACACUACAGGCACUAGUUUCCCCGUCAUCACGGCGGGUCCGGAUGAGCUGGCGCUGGAAGGCCGAGCAGACCCCUCCAUUGACGCACUCUUCGCAGACCUCGAGAAAGUACUUGUCUUGCUAGCGCACAAGCUGCCGUCCGACCUGCUCGAGUCCUUAUCGGCAGUCAUGAUGGGCGAAAUCGUCCCGAGGCUCAUCCAGCAAUGGCUCAACCCCGCCGUGCCGACAUCUUUAGCAGACAUGAGCACCUUCCAAGACAUGGUUCGCCGUACGGCGGCCUUUUGUAGUACUUUGCGCCAAAACGGAUACACUGGUUACGAGAAGCUAUCGAACUGGGCGGACAAGGCUCACAUGACGUGGCUUGAAAAACGAAGAGAGAACACCCUCGAUAUGGUGCGGAGGAAACUCACAAGUGGCAUUGGCCAGUCCAGACAGGUCGAAAAGGUGGAGAAGCACAUGGUCUCCUUGUCGGAGGGCAAAGAGCUCGCGACCACGGGCGCCGGGGCUGCAGCCGAUACCAACGACUGGGGGGAUGACUGGGGCGACGCGUGGGGUGACGAUGACGAUGCGCAGGGAGCCAACGUAACAACGGCCAAAGCUGAGGGCGCACCUGUCAAGAUUGUCGAAGACGAUGGCACAGAUGCCUGGGGUUGGGAUGAGGAGGAGAGUGGAGGCGAUGCAGCGCAGCCUGCGGACGCGGACGCGGACGACAGCGCAGCUGCCUGGGGCUGGGGUAACGAGGAACCGGCCUCUGAACUGCCAGCCACGCAAGCCAAAGCAAGGGGCACGGCAAGCAAGGGUGUCCGCCAGGAGGGAACGAGGGAGCUUGUCUUGAGGGAGACGUACAACAUCUCAUCGAUGCCAGAGCCGGUGUUGGAGCUCAUCUAUGCCAUCCUCGAAGAUGGUGCAGCCCUCACGAAAACAAACGACGAGUACAAUCUGGUCGCAUCGACCGCCCCGGGACUGUUCGGCCUUCCUACCUUAGCCCUUGCGCUGUUCAGGGCCAUCUCGCCAUACUACUACUCUUUGGGUGUCGGCGGCAACAUGUUCUUGUACAAUGAUGCCAUGUACAUUGCUGAGAGACUGUCUCACUUCUCGGCUGCUUGGAAAGAACGCGAGGAUCUGACCCCAAGGGCGAAGACAAUGUUGCGGCUGGACAACGAUAUUAAGACGUUGCAAAGCUUUGCGAAUCGAAGCUACGGCGCCGAGAUGAACCUUCAGAAGACGGUCUUGCAGGACCUUCUCGGUGGGCUGCAGAGCUUGUUGCAGCAAGACGACAUGGAGGCGGCCGUGGAGGCUGGGACUGCGCGUGUCAGGACCAUGGCCGCGACCUGGGAGCCGAUUCUUGCUCGCUCGGUCUGGUCUCAAGCCAUUGGCUCUCUCGCCGACGCCUUGGCGACGAGACUCAUAACUGAUGUUCUCGACAUGCCGGCCAUUGGACAAGAGGAGGCAUACAGCAUCGCCAAGCUGAUUGCGUCGGCCACCGAACUGGAUGAUCUGUUCCUGCCCAGCAAGCUUGGAGGAACAGAGCCUUCGCAGGACGAAGUUCCGGCAACAGCACAAUACGCCCCGAACUGGCUGCGGCUCAAGUACCUCAGCGAGGUGCUCCAGAGCAACCUCAACGAAGUCAAGUUCCUCUGGUGUGACAGCGAGUUGAGCCUUUACUUUACGGUGGAUGAGGUGAUGGAUCUCAUCAAUGCUAGUUUCGAGGACAAUGCCCGGACGAGAGAGACCAUUCGCGAGAUUCAGGGCAAUCCGAAACCGAUGGAUGCGGUCCGCCAAGCAUGA